AUGCUGCCUCAUGUCAGCACACAAACUGCUGCUGCUGCUGCUGCUGCUGCUGCUGCUGCUGCUGCUGUUGGUGGUGGUGGUGGUGGUGGUGCUGCUGCUGCUGCUGCUGCUGUUGGUGGUGGUGCUGCAGUUGGUGCUGUUGCUUUUGGUGCUGCGGUUGGUGCUGCUGCUGCUGCUGUUGGUGGUGGUGGCGGUGGUGAUGGGUUGCAGUCUCCAGCUCAUGAAGAAAGACGCACAACCAGGGCGCGUGUGCCUUCGCUACCUGCUGCUGCUGCUGCUGCUGCUGCUGCUGCUGCUGGGGACCAGCAGCAGCGACAGCAGCAACAGCAGCAGCAACAGCAGCAGCAGCAGCAACAGCAGCAGCAGCAGCAACAGCAGCAAGAAGAACGAGACACGAGAGCAAAGACUCUCCGCCCACUCCACUUAGGUGUGCGUUAUGUGUUUCACUACGCGGACGUUUCUUUUGUUUUUCGGGUGGCCUUCUUGUCUUUAUUUUUUGCUGCUGCUGCUGCCUGUCUCCUUUUGUUUUCGCUGUAUAUCUGUCUCUUUUGUUUGUCUCCUUUCUCCUUACCUUCACAAUACCUAAAUAUAUCCACCAGCAGCAGCAGCAGCAGCAGCAGCAGCAGCAGCAGCAGCAGCAGCAGCAAUGGGAUAUAUUAUAUGCAACAGGAAAUGCCGUCUCUUGCUGCUGCUGGUGUGCCCAUGCUGCACCGCCAGCAGCAGCAGCAGCAGCAGCAGCAGCAGCAGCAGCAGCAGCAGUAUUAUAACCCUCACAAUCACAGCCUGCAUCACCACUACAAUCAGCAGCAGCAGCAGCACAACAACCACCACAACCACCACCACCACCAUCACCAGCAGCAGCAGCAGCAGCAGCAGCAGCUGCAGCAGCAGCAGCAGCAGCAGCAGCAGCAGCAGCAGCAGCAAGAACCUCUGCUGCGCUCAUACCAAGAAUAUAGUCAACUAUCUGUCUCCUCCUGCGGCAUCACCGGUUUAGAUAAAACAGCAGCAAAGCGUCGUCUCCUUUCUCUUCCUCUUGAGCUUCUCUUUCGUUCUGCUGCAGCAGAACAAGUUGCUGCUGCUGCUGCUGCUGCUGCUGCUGCUGCUCCUCGCAGCGUUGCUGACAUUCUGCUGCCUCCUGAGCAGCAGCAGCAGCAGCAGCAGCAGCAGAGGGACAGCAGCAGCAGCAGCAGCAGCAGCAGCGUGAGUGUGCAUGGAUGGUCCCCUGAGGCUCGGCAGCUGCUGCAGGAGACAGCAGCACUAGAAGAGCUGCUGCUGCAGCAGAUGGAGGCGUUGUUUCUGCUGCUGGGGGGGGGAACCGAUCCCCUCUUUCCUAACACAGACCCCACAGAUAUAUUUCACGUUGAUGCUGCUGCUGCUGCUGCUGCUGCUGCUGCUGCUGCUGAUACCCCGCAGCAGCAGCAGCAGCAGCAGCAAAUGAUGCUGCAGCACCAACUCCUCGCACCAGCAACACACAACCAACAGGGAAAACAACUCCAGCUGCAGCAGCAGCAAGAGCAGCAGCAGCAGCAGCAGCAGGAGCAACAGCAGCAGCAGCAGCAGCAGCAAGAAGCAGCAGCAAAUGCUGCAGGGGAUAGAGGGAUCCUCUCCGUGCAGCGUUUGGCUCGGAGGCUGAAAUCUAUUGAAGACCUCGUCAGGCAAUGGCUGUCUCUCCCCUCAGCAGAUACUGCUGCCCUAUACUCUGCGGUGCAGCAGCAGCUGCUGCUGCUGCUGACGCAGCAGCGACCCCCGAGCACGACAGCAGCAGCAGCACCAGCACCAGCAGCAGCAACAGCAGCAGCAGCAGCAGCAGCAGCAGCACCCCGCAGAUGCAGAAACAGCAGCAGCAGCAGCAACAGCACAUGCCAUGAAGGCGCGAUGGACCCGAGCGAAAAACAGCAGCAGCAGCAGCAGCAGCAGCAGGAGCAGGAUGAGGAUUAUGAUCUUCAGCAGCAGCAGCAGCAGCAGCAGCAGCAGCAGCAGCAGCAGGAGGAGGAAGAAAUAGCCGAAGCCUUUCGUUUGUUUGCUGCAGCAGAAAACAACAAAAAUAAAAUUAAUAAUCAACAAGUGCUGCUGCACCCCUCUGCUGCUGCUGCUGCUGCUGCUGCUGCUGCUGCUGCAGAAGGGGGCACAGGGAAAGGAGGAACAGCAGCAGCUGCAGCAGCAGCAGCAGCAGCAGCAGCAGCAGCAGCAGAAGAUGAAGUUACACUAGAGACCGUCAACAGCUGCAACAUAAUGCAUCUUAGUGCCCCUCUCAGCAGCAGCAGCAGCAGCAGCAGCAGCAGCAGCAGCAGCAGCAGCAGACGUGCUGCAUCAGCAGAAGAGCUGCGGGCAGCAAAAAUGGUGGUGCAGCCGCGUUUGAGUGGUUCUUUCAACAGCAGCAGCAGCAGCAGCAGCAGCAGCAACAUAACAAACCCCAACAACAACAGCAGCAGCAGCAGCAGCAGCAGCAGCAGCAGCAACGCAGAUGCAGUGGGUGCUAUUGAGGGUUUAUGCGGGUUUA